AGCUCCCACAGCAGUCCACGUACCUCCAUGAAACAUCUACCCGACUUGGCGUCGACGUCUCUGCUGCCUUGGGGUCUGCUGUCGCUCUACUUUGUGCAGUCGUUCCUCCAAAGCUUCCCCAUGACUGCGUACGGCGACUGGCUAUUCAACGAGAUCCACAUGUCGCCAGCGACGACCAACUUCUACUACGCCCUCACGUUCUUUCCGUGGAACCUCAAGCCAGUGUAUGCGCUCGUCUCGGACAACUUUCCCAUCUUCGGGUACCGCCGCAAGUACUAUAUCGUGCUCUGCGAGGCAGGCGCGGCGCUGUCGGUGCUGGCCACGGGGCUGUUCGUCCGGUCCGUGGCCGGCGCGUUUGUCGUCAAGAUGAUCGACUCGUCGUGCGAAGCAUUCACGCAGAUGAUGCUCGGCGUGGUGCUUGUCGACGUUGCGUCCGGCAACCACCAAAAGAGCGGCAACGUCCAAGCCUGGGCUAACGCCGCCAAGAACUCUGCGUCCAUCGUGGCUCUCUUCGUGGGCAUCCCCAUCUACGCGACCAAGUCGAUUUCGUCGCGCGAAAUCAUCUGCUGGACCAGCGUCAUUCCCGUCGUGGGCAUAGUCACAGCCUUGUUCUUUUUCCACGAGCCCAAGGUCGUCCCCAAUAGCAUCCACCCCACCGGCCCCACGACAUGCGGCGGCCUCGUGCGGCAGAAGUCCCAGGCGUUCGCCGCCGCCUGCAAGCGGAUCGUGUCCGAGCAGCGCAGCUACAUGCCCGUGAUGCUCUUCUUCUUCCUCUCCAGCGCGCUCCCGUCUGGUGGGUCGGUCUGGUACCAGUACACGUACUCGCUGCUCAACGACCAAAAAGAGUGUUUGCAAUACUCGUCUCUUGCUGCCAAACUAUUUGUAUUUGUAGGCAUGGUAGGACGGGUGCUGGCGUGUGGCAUCUACGCCCAGAUGUGUCAAGGUCGGAGCAUCCGCAUCGUGUUUGCCAUUUCGACGGUGGUGUCGACAGUCGCGAGUCUGCCACAGGUGCUGCUGGCCCCCCCCAUGGCGAACUUGCCCAUCUCCGUGUGCACGUUCUGCACGCUCGAGUCAUUCGUGACGUCGUUCGCGGGCGAAUUCGCGCUGCUGCAGCUAUUGAUUGUGGCCACGUACUUCUGCCCGACCAAAGCCACCGAUGGAAAAGGGCUCACAUACGCUUUGUACCUGUCCUUCAUGGAUUUUGGGGGCGUCGUGAGCUCGUUCUUCUCGGCUAUCGUCAUCAACGCGUUGGGAAUCACAGAAGACCCGACCACGUUUGUCGUGAAUUGGGCCAAUCUGUCGUGGGUUGUGGUCAUUGGCGCCGUGUGCAAACUGGCAAUUCUCGCAUUCCUGUGCUUAUUGCCGUCUCGAAUUGACGCUGAAGAUCACCAGAUGCAGCCGCUGCUGUCGAAAGGCGAUCAAUCCCCGCUCGCCUAACAUUGACAUAUAUAGUUAGUGGCUGUAGGUGAAUAUUCGUGUUCUUGUGAUGUACUUCGAAGUACUUGUUCCAAUGGUAAUAUAUAUUAAUAUUAGUACUACUGUUCAGUA